CACGUGUACAGGGAAGCAGGAAGUAAAUGCUGCGGGCGCUCCGUGUUGACUGUGUUUACAGCCGGGCGCCAUGCUUCCUGACCACAGUCCUGUGGUCCAGGCCCUGCUGGGCACUCUGUUCACCUGGGGGCUGACCGCCGCAGGGGCUGCGCUGGUCUUCGUCUUCUCCGGCAGGCAGAAGCGGAUCUUGGAUGGAAGUCUGGGCUUUGCUGCCGGGGUGAUGUUGGCAGCCUCAUACUGGUCCCUGCUGGCCCCUGCGAUCGAGAUGGCGGAGGAAUCUGGGAAAUAUGGGGCGUUCGCGUUCUUCCCCGUCGCUGUGGGUUUCGCACUGGGGGCAGCGUUUGUUUAUUUUGCGGACCUGAUGAUGCCGUUUCUGGGUGUUGGUGUGGACCCACAUCUGUCCCUGGCUCUCCCUGCUGACGCCAGACCGCCCAAAGAGAAGGUGGAGGACCCUGUCAUCCCGUCCACAGAAGCCGAGGAGCUGUCAAUCAGGAUAGGUAGAGCUGCAGCUCACUCAGAUAAACUGGAGAAUGGAGAAGUUCACCAGAGAAGAAAGGGAACCCAUGCUGGGCCUGCAGAAGGACAGGAAGUAGUUGCCAGACCGCAGGAAGUGCCAGGGCCAUCAGGGAGCAGCUGGAGACGCAUCCUUCUGCUAAUCCUGGCCAUCACCAUCCACAACAUUCCCGAGGGUCUGGCGGUGGGGGUGGGAUUCGGAGCUGCUGGGAAGACCACCUCGGCUACGUUCGAGAGCGCCAGAAACCUGGCCAUAGGCAUAGGAAUCCAGAAUUUCCCAGAAGGCCUUGCGGUGAGUCUGCCGCUGCGAGGCUCUGGAACGUCCACUUGGAGAGCCUUCUGGUACGGGCAGCUAAGUGGGAUGGUGGAGCCGCUAGCUGGGUUGCUAGGCGCCGUUGCCGUGGUGCUGGCUGAGCCGUUGCUACCCUACGCUUUGGCCUUUGCUGCGGGGGCCAUGGUUUACGUGGUGGUGGAUGACAUCAUACCUGAAGCCCAAGUCAGUGGAAAUGGAAAGCUGGCCUCCUGGACCUCCAUCCUUGGCUUCAUCGUGAUGAUGUCACUGGACGUCGGCCUGGGAUGAAGCCGAGCAUUCACUGGAACUCUGAGUGACCAUUCUGAAUGUCCUGGCCGCUGGGCAGCACUGUAAACAGGACCAAAUUAACUGUAUUCUCAAUAAUUCAGGGUUAAUGAAGUGGAGAAUGUUUGGAGCUUUUUUACUUAUUAAUGAUUCAUAGAUUUGUUUUCCCAGAGCGAUAAUUAGUGAUUAGUUAUGUGUUACGGAAUGACCUAAUACUUGAAGUUAUCACUGUAUGAAUGGAUGUCGUGGGUGAAAGAGGGUGAUUGUGUGCGGAUGUGUGGUUUAUAGUUUUCCAGGUUUACAUGUUUCCCUUUCUUGCUCCACAGCUGCAGUAUGAAGAUUGUUUGUUCAUUAAAACUACAUGUUCUCAGCCUUAAAACACAGCAAUGACUCUUCCUAUUUAACUGGAUUCGUUAACAAGCUUGUUUCUCAUUGGUCUUUCUGGAGCUUUUAUUCAGCCACUGGACUGUGCUACAUAUCCUACAGAGGCUCUUUUUAAAGGACAUUCCACUGGAAGUCCAGCGUUUAAUAUGUGAUUGCUCACUUUCUGAGAGCCAUUCUGAGCUGAGAUGUUGAACAUUACUGAUGAUACUACAGUCUGUAACUGUACACCUACAUAGUGGAGCUGUAAGGUAGGUGUACAGUUACAGACUGUAGUCUAUCUGCAGCUGUACGGUUUAUCAGCCCCCUCUUCAGUAUCAAAUCAGUAUCAGCUGAUACUUCAGGCUUCAGUAUCGGUACCAGACUAAUUGGUAUCGUGCCGUCUGUAGUCCCUGUACACACAGCCUGCUAGUGUGACUGAAUUCUUUCAGUUUCUUUGAACUCACAUAUUAAACUAUUAAACAUAUUAAACUUCAAAGAACUCACAUAAUAAACUAUGGAUUUGCAUGGAACGCUUCCUGAGAGGAGUGUGUGUGUGUGUGUGUGUGUGUGUGUGUGUGUGUGUGUGUGUGUGUGUGUGUUGUUGGAUAAACAUGACUGUAAAUAUGGAAAUAUUCCAUACAUUUCCAGAAUGGAGUGAUACUGUAAUAAACCAAACCUGCCUAAAC